AUGGUUAGAACUAUCUCCUUAACUGAAUUAUUCUUACAUGGACCACUUUGCUUAUAUACAGCUAAUUUAUUUUUAUCUUAGAGAGGUAUCAAAAGAGAUUUAUUCUCACUUUUAUCAUCAUUUUUGUAAUUAAUUGGAACUAUUUUCUUUGUUUAUGAUGAAUAUUUGAAUAACUUUGUUAAUGUUUGCUAAGCUGAAGGAGGAUGUUUUGAUUUUGGUAUUAAAAAUGUAUUAUUAUUUUGGGUUUUAUUUGUUUUUAUUAACCCACUUUUGAUGCUUUUAGCUUUUAUUCAUAUGUAUAAGGCUAUUAAUAAUAUUUUAGCUUAAGAAAGAUGGAAAUAUGAAAAUUGUGCUAUUGAAAAUGGAUAUGGUGGAAACUAUUAUGAUAAUUUUAUUUAAGAUGAAAAACCGCAAUAAUUUGGAAAAAAAAAAUAAAAAAAAGAUUGA